AUGCAGCUUAUAAGUGAUCGUGAAGAUCCAGAACACUUAAUAACCUAGGGAGCAUGUUCUGUAGACAUUCCAAUAUAAAGAAACAGACCCUCCUCUCAAUAUAUGUUUCACGGUUCCUAGAACAGAAAAUUAAAAACUUAAACUACUGUUUCUAUAUUUGGGACAUUUAAUACCUAAGAAGAUAAAACUACAAUAACUAGAGAUACUAGGAGUGUAUUUGUAAGGAUUGUAAGAAAAUUGAUCAUCAUAUAAUGUUUUUUUGAUUCAUUAGAAUAAUAUCGAAAGGAGAGAUUGUAAUAGAGAAUAGAGUUUUAUUUUUAAAAAAGAACGAAAAUGAUUCCAUUUUAUCCAGAUGAUUGCUUUAUUGUUUUGUGGAUGAAAGUCAUAACCCUACUGUAAUUUUGCUCAUGCAUAAUUUACCCGCUGUUUAUUACAUUCAAUUAGUUAGAAGGAGACUUACAAAUCAUAGUGAUUAUUUUGGAUAUAUUUUUCUCAUUAGACAUGCUGUUAACAUUUUUGACAGCAUACAUCGAUGAAACAUCUUCAUUAAAAAUAAAUAUUUUUGAUAUUGCAACACAUUAUUUAAAAACAUGGUUCACCUUUGAUUUAAUAUCAAUUUUUCCUUGGAUUUAAUUAGGUUUGGAUGAUUUGAGAUUUUUCAGGCUUUGCAGAAUAUUAAAAUAUUUUAUAUACAAAUAAAAGCAUAGCUAUAAAGGUUAAGCAGAACAACAAAAAGUGGUGCCAUCAUUUAUGCCAGAUAAUAAUAUAUAAUUGAAGGAAGGAAUUAAGUUUAUAAUUGAUGUUAUGGUGACAGCUUUUCUAUUGAUUCAUAUAUUUGCUUGUGGAUAUCAUUAUUUGCUAGAGAUAGAAUAUAUAGAUGCCUUUUAUCAGUCUACUCAAACCAUAACUACUAUUGGAUAUGGUGAUAGUUCUAAAUUCAUAAUUUACGAAUAUCAAACUUUAUGGCUGAUUGUAGGAGUAGGGUUUUAUACUUUUACAAUAGGAGAUUUUGCAUACAUGAUGUAAAGAUCAGGGAUUAAUUAGGAUGAUGAAUGCUAUUUCUAAUUAGAAUAAUUGUGUUAUGUAUCUGAUUUCCCAGAAAAGAUAAAAAAUUAGUUUUAGAGAUUCAUAUCAACCAAUUUAAAUAAUAAUGCCUUCUGGUCAAGUUACCAUAAGAAAAUGGUUCACGAUUUGCCAUAUUAAAUAUAAAACUAUUUGGUUUUAAGUGGAAUGCUUCAAAUUUGUGAGGCUGUGCCUUUCUUUAUGCAGGAUAUCAAUUUUACAAUAGAAUUACUAAACAAUGUCCAAUUCUUUGUAAUAGAAGAGAAUGAUCUAAUUUAUAGAGAAGGAUAGAAUUCGAAUGAGAUUUAUUUUUUAUUACAGGGCGAUGUGAGAAUUAUGACAAAGAAAAAAUUCACCUUAUUAAAUAUCUUGGAAGGUACAAUGUUCGGAGAAUUCGAAGCGAUAGAAGAAACACUAAGAGCGACUUACGCUGUAGCUCUAUAAAGAUCGUUGAUUUUAAAAGUUGAUUAUGCAAUAUUAGAAAAAUCUAUGAAGAUGAGUCCAAAUUUAUACUUUGAAGUUUAGCAAUUAUUUCAUAGAAGACGCAAAUUGCUGAUAAAUAAUUUAAAAUUAGCUUAACGAAACAAGAUUAGGAGAUCGGUUUUAAUACAAUUCAGCCAUGAAUAAUUGCAAUAUACUAGAUAAGAGAUGAAAAAGUAAAGAGAAAUAAGAGAACUAAAAAAUAUUAACGAAUAUAAUCAAUUGGUACUCCAGUUAUUGAUAGAUAAAAAGAGACAUAAAUAUGACUAAUUAUUAGCAAGAUUUAAGUCUGUUGUGUUUCGAAUUAUUCAUUUCAAUUAAUAAUUGAAUCGAACUCCUCCAGAAGAUUGGAAAGAUUUAGAUAAUUACAACUUAAUUAAGAGAGUAUUUCCACUGCGUUGUUUGUCAGAUAAGUUUUAAAUAUUUUUUCGGAAAUCCUCAUCAGUCCAUAGUUAAUCAGUUCAUCGAAGUUCUAUUCGGCGAAGAAUUGACAAUGAGAAAUAUACUAAGUAUCAUUGGAGACUAAGUGAUGUUUAAAUAAAAUAGAUUAUUUUAAUGCAUAACAAAAGAUCAGUGAAAGUAUAUCCAACUUUAAGCAACAUCGUUUCAACUUACUAAGGAGGUACUGUAGCAUCUUCUCCUUAGAGAAUAAAUAGGUAUUACCCAAGAUGGAUAAAAGAUUUGGUGUAAGAGGAAUACACUUCAGAAGAGAUGGAACAAUUUAUAUGGAAAUAUAAUCAAAUCAAUAAAAGAUUAGAUAGAAUAGAUAAAAUGUGGACGAAAGGAUUAAUCCUCAAAUUUGACAAGUUUAAGUUGAAAAGUUAGAAUGAUUUAGAUCAUCUUGAUACGGAAUCUUCAGAUGAAAAAUGA